GUACGACACAGUCUGCAGCAUUUUGCCACCACAGGUUGAUUGCGAGAGCGAACCACACGCCCACUAUGACGACACUUCGAGACCCGUUCUUCAAAGCAAUCGGCGAUCAAGUGGGGUCGACCACGGAGGCUGGGAAUGAGCAGGCCAGCGCCGAGGAGUCAAAGAUGGUUGAGGAGAUUGAGUCGCUGUGCCUUGAAUGCCAGAAGAUGGGCACGACGAGGUUUCUUUUGACCUACAUUCCCUAUUUUCGCGAGGUCAUCGUUGUCUCGUUCUAUUGCGAUCACUGCGGCAAUCGAAACAAUGAGAUCCAGUCCGCAGGCCAAAUUCAAGAGAAGGGCUGUACCUACACAGUCCACCUCACAAACGUCGAGGACUUGAACCGACAAAUCGUCAAGAGCGAGCACUGCGAAAUUCAGUUCAAGGAGCUCGAGCUGACAAUACCAAAGAAAAGAGGACAGCUGACGACCGUUGAGGGUAUCUUGUCCGACACGCUGCGAGAUCUGGAGAUGGAGCAACCUCUUCGGAAGCACAUGGCCCCCGAAGCCUACGCCAAGAUCGAAGCACUAUGCGCACGUAUCAGGAAUGUUAUUGGCGUGACAAACGAGACAGGAGAAGGAGGAGAAGGAGGAGAACAAGCUCAGAUCGCAUCGUCGCUGACGUCGCAAGGGCCGCUCGAAUCAAGCAGAGGCGUGGUGGCUAACAAAAACGACUCAAAGCGGACAUUUGCCGCCUUGACGAUGAAGCUCGACGACCCUUCGGGAAACUCCUUUGUCGAAUUCAUGGGUUCCAUCGAAGGCAGGGGCAUGAGCGACAACAAAUGGAGCAAGCGUGAUUACGCAAGGACCAAGGAACAGAAUCUUGAGCUCGGUCUUGGUCUGCAACAGGAGGAGGAGCAACAGCAGCAGCAGCAGCAGCAGGAACAGCUGAGGCAGCGACAGCAGGCGAAAAUCGAGAGUGAAGGUCUUCAGAGGGGGGCUAAGAGGGCGAGAGGCGAAGAUGGUGCUGCUCUGCUCAUGUCAAGCCAAAAUGAGGCUCAGGAGGAGGCCCUGGGAGGAGGCUUCAGCAAGGAGGGCGGUGAGACGGAGCACGACAACGAAGAAGUGUACAGCUUCCCUGGAACGUGCAGCAGCUGCAGCAGCCCCCUCGAGACUUUGAUGAAGAAGGUUAACAUACCCUACUUCAAAGACAUCCUCAUCAUGUCGACAAAUUGCGACAGCUGUGGAUACCGCGACAACGAGGUUAAGUCGGGCAGUGCCAUUUCUAAGCUGGGCAGGCGGCUCACUUUGCGCAUCGACGACGCAGAGGACUUGUCUAGAGACAUUCUCAAGUCCGAGUCGGCGGGCCUCGAGAUUCCGGAGAUUGACCUUCACUUGGCCCCAGGCACCCUCGGGGGACGAUUCACGACACUCGAGGGCUUGCUGCAACAGGUUUACGACGAACUAUCGGAGCGCGUCUUGAUGCGGGGCGACUCUUCGCAGCAUGCGUCUAAUUUUGAAGGCUUCCUGGGCAAACUCAAGUCGGCCAUGAAUGCGGAAAUUUGCCCCUUCACCCUCAUUCUCGACGAUCCUCUGAGCGACAGCUACAUACAAAAUCCCUAUGCGCCGGAAAUGGAUGAACAGAUUGUCGAAGAGGAGUACGAGAGGAGCUGGGAGCAAAAUGAAGAUCUCGGCCUCAACGACAUCAAGGUCGAAGACUACUCAGAAGAGAGCAGGGCGUGGCGCCAAGAGGCAGAAGCAAGAGCAGGGGCAACCGCAGAUCAUGCGGAGAUGACGGCAGAUAAGGCAAACGGCGAGUAUGAUCGACGCAAAGCUGAGAUGGACGUAGAUAAUUGAAGGAUGUAAUGUCUUAAUUGGAAUGCCAUUUGGCGCUCGGGAGUAAAGCGAUAGAGUGUGGCAAAGUGGAGAGAAGGGCAAGGAUGUG